UUUGGGAUGACACUGAAGUGAACUCAUCAAACGAAAUGGUAUCCAAAGCUUUCUUCGCAAUCUUGGCUCAAGCCGUGCUGAUCCAGGCAGCGUUUGCCCAGUGGGUUGGCAACUCCGUGGUAGACAACAAUGUUGUGGUCAACAAUGGAGCUAAUGCUUUGGGCUGGGCUGGUGGACUGGGCGGUGGUGCUCUGGGUGUGACUGGCUGGAACAAUGGUCUGGGAUUGGGCUUAGCUGGCAACGGAAUUGGCUUGGCCAAUGGUUUGGCUGGAGGCGCUGGACUCGGUCUGGGCAACGUAGCGUUGGGAGGCCCAGGCUUUAUCGACCUGGUCGGCCUGUCUGCCGGAGGAGUGUUGCCGAUCUCCAGUGUAGGCCCCGUCGUCCCAGCCGGCCUCAACGUGGUGUCAGACAACGCGAUCGAAGGCGCUGUGCUGGUCAGCGGUCAGCUGCCGUUCUUGAGUGCUGUGGCCUUCGAAGGAGCCCUGCCUUCAGCUGGUUCCGGAGCCUCUUCUUGCGGCUGCGGUAACGGCAACAUUGGCAUCGUCAGCGAGACCGGAUCCACUGCUCUGUUGCCAGCUGCUGCCGGUCUCGGCCUGGGCGCCGCCGGAUUAGGCUUGGGAGUCGGAGGACGCGGUCUCGGAGCUGCUGGCCUUGGCAUUGCCGGUGCUGGGUCACGUGGCCUAUACUUGUAAAAUCUCAAAAAACUGAACUAAUAAAGCCCUUGAAUCAUUAAUAA